CCAAUGAAAAUGAACCGCGGCUGACACCUGGCUAUAAACCCAGGAAGAAACCCAAAGUCCUAAUCAGAAAUCUGUUGAAAAAACCCCGAGAGGCGCAGCAGGCAGACUAGUGGAGAGACGGCCGCGAUGACUUCCAGUAAGAUCGAGAUCCCCGGAGAGGUGAAGAGCGACCCCGCUACUCUCAUGGCAUCCCUCCAGCUGAUGCCUUCACCGGUGCCCAACCCGGAGAUCAAGUACACCAAGAUUUUCAUCAACAAUGAGUGGCAUGACUCUGUUAGUGGGAAGGUCUUUCCUGCCUACAACCCAGCUACUGGAGAGCAGAUCUGUGAGGUCCAGGAAGCAGAGAAGGCUGAUGUUGAUAAAGCAGUGCAGGCGGCUCGCCUUGCCUUUUCUUUGGGCUCCGUAUGGCGAAGGAUGGACGCAUCUGAGAGGGGGCGUCUUCUGUCCAAACUGGCUGACCUGGUGGAGAGAGACAGUGUCAAUCUAGCAACUAUUGAGUCACUGAACAGUGGGAAGCCUUUCCUGCCCACCCUGUUUGUGGACCUCCAAGGAACCAUAAAGACACUGAGAUACUUUGCUGGAUAUGCAGACAAGAUCCACGGCACUUCAAUUCCAAUGGAUGGAGAGUAUCUGACAUUUACCAGACAUGAGCCCAUUGGAGUUUGUGGACAAAUUAUCCCAUGGAACUUCCCUCUGAUGAUGACCGCAUGGAAGCUGGGUCCAGCAAUCGCAUGUGGAAACACUGUUGUCCUUAAACCUGCUGAGCAGACACCACUCACCUGCCUCUACAUAGCAGCUCUCAUCAAGGAGGCCGGGUUUCCACCGGGAGUCAUCAAUAUUUUGCCAGGAUUCGGGCCAACGGCAGGAGCUGCGAUUGCUUCGCACAUGGGCAUAGACAAAGUGGCUUUCACAGGAUCAACCGAGGUCGGCAAGCUGAUCCAAGAAGCAGCUGGGAAGAGUAACCUAAAGAGAGUGACGCUGGAGCUGGGAGGAAAGAACCCCAACAUCAUCUUUGCAGAUGCUGAUUUGGAUUUAGCUGUAGAACAGGCCCAUCAGGGCGUGUUUUUCAACGCAGGCCAGUGCUGCACGGCAGGCUCUCGCAUCUUUGUGGAGGAGCCCAUAUAUGAUGAGUUUGUUCGGAGGAGUGUGGAGAGAGCCAAGAGGAGGAUAGUUGGCAGUCCCUUUGAUCCCACCACUGAGCAGGGUCCACAGAUCAGUCGGGAGCAGCAGAAUCGUGUGUUGGAAUUUAUCCAGAGUGGUAUCAGUGAAGGAGCCAAGAUGGAGUGUGGAGGCAAAGCUCUGGGCUUGAAAGGGUUCUACAUUGAGCCCACUGUUUUCUCUAACGUGAGGGAUGACAUGCGCAUUGCCAGAGAGGAGAUUUUUGGUCCAGUCCAGCAGAUAAUGAAGUUCAAAACUAUCGAGGAAGUGAUAGAAAAAGCCAACAACACAGAUUACGGUUUGGUUGCUGCUGUAUUCACCAACGACAUCAACAAAGCCAUGACCAUAUCCACAGCCGUGCAGGCUGGCACUGUCUGGAUAAACUGCUUCAAUGCUCUCAGCACACAGUGUCCAUUUGGAGGAUAUAAAAUGUCUGGCAAUGGACGUGAAUUGGGAGAAAGCGGCUUGAAGGAGUACUCAGAAGUGAAGACCAUCACGAUGAAGAUGGUCGCCAAGAACUCUUAAGGUAGCCACAAUUUCUUGGGGAGGAGGUAGCGUCUUCCUCAUCACUGACCCGCCUCUUGUCAGUCCGUCCACGGUGGCAAACGACAAUUACUAUCAAAACUAGUUAUCUCCACGGUAACUACAGGCUGUGUGUGACCACUCACUGCCCUCCCAGUUCCUCCAUCAACUCUGCAAUGCUCACAACGGACAGUCAGCUAAUCCCUGUCCAGCUAUCUCCACCUGCCUUGAGUUUGUGGACUCUCUCCAGUCUAACUGAGUACCACUGAACUAGCCCCAUAAUGUAUACCUCCUCCACUAACUACACUAAAGCACUCACAGAGACGAUGGGGAGGCUGUUCUGACUGCAAACCCCAAUAACAACACCCCCCCCCACCCCACCCCCGAGAUGCUGGAUGCUCAGAGACUCAGUCGCCCGCACUUGCAAUCAACCCUUUACUAGCAACUUGUCAUGUGUUGGGAGGCAGUUAUUCUUUGUACUGUGCAGUAUGAUUGUCAAAAAAACCUCAUGUUUCAUUUUCUUGGUAGAAUUUAUGCAAGCAUGUCAGCUCAUUCAAGAACACUGAUGUUGUCAGCCUCAGAUAUGAAUGGAUGAAAUGUUUAUUCAGAAUUAAAAUGGAUUUCUAAUUGUCUUUGUUUAUAUUUUAGCUUGUAUGACUUAACACUGUAUGUCAACCUUUGACUGAUGUAAACGUGAAGAUUUUAACCUCUUAAAAGCAUUUUACUCUCACCUGCUAAAAGAGGAGUAGAUGUAUUUUCAACAUUAUGUAACUGAUUUUCAUUGAUGUCCAUCUAUGUUUAUGUUUAUACUAUCAUAUGCUAUAAAAUUAUAAAAUGACCAUAGUUUUUUUUUUUCAGUAAAAGCUUUUUUACUGGAAAAUAGCUUUUUGUUUACUACAUUAUUAGAAUUUUCUCUCAAGAGGUCACACAAUUUAAAGUUUCAUUCAUGACCGAGAUCUUAUUCUACACAUCUGAUAUUAAUCAGUUGGGAGCUAAAAAAAAAGUGUGCUGCUGAACCUUACAGACCUGGGUCAAACACAUUAAUUAUUUAAUUUGUUGUUUUUGAAAAUGCUUGUAUUGAUGCAUCUCGUUUGGAAACCAACUGACCCAAAGAAAUGAUUUAAUUGAAA